GUUCAGCCGCAGCUGAGGAGUGAGAGAUUGUUGGACGUUCGAGAAAGAGAAACGAUUGGACUAAUACACACGUACUCUCUGUGCACGGUGGCGAGUUACACUCGUAGCUCUGCCAGUUCUUACUUGGACUUGCUACGCGAUAGAUAGUAUCGCCUCUUCGAUUUUCCAUCGAUCUUUACCGAUUCAUCCGGGGAGAGAAGUCGCGCUAACGCGCGCUUCCGGUAAUAGCAUUCGUACCCAGUUGUCACGUGUACUGAAACCAGAAGAGGAAGAAGUGGAAAACGAAUAGUGGAAACGUGAAUGAACAAACUCAUUUUUAUUGGAGAACAAUCAUUUAUUUUAUUUUUAUUUUAUUGAGUUUAUUUAUUUUUCAAAUCCGUGAAUUUUUGUGCCGAAUGAAAUUGAGAUGUCGCCGAAGACGAGUUGCUGUUCCGUCAAAGUCUCUGUUUCGAUUUAAAUGACUUAUCGAACGAUAAGACGUGCAAAAACAGCACAUCAAGGCCAUCAGAGAAUAAAAAUGGAAUUGACAGUGGCACAUUCAUCUCUGGUUUUUUUCUUGACACUUGUGCUUCUAUUGAGUGAAGCAAGGCCUAGUAAUGGACUCUGCAAUGUACGAAAAAAUGGCACCUUGGCCAGGUGUAAUUACCUCGAGGACAUUAAAACGAUCGAUACAUAUCAACUGAAGAGCCUUAAGGUAUCUGUGGUUGGUAAACAUUUGUCUGCUGAAUAUUUUGGUAAUUUAACCAAUUUAAGACACCUGGACUUGUCCAAUGGAAAGUUAAAGAAAGUCGAAGCAGGAUGUUUCCAUCAUCUCCGGAGUCUACGCUCGCUUGAUCUUUCCAACAAUCAGCUGACCCACUUAGGAUCUGGUGUCUUGAUGGAGUUAAAACAUCUUCAAGUAUUAAAUUUGAGUAGAAAUUCAUUGGAACGAAUUCCUGAUGAUCUGACUCAUUGUAAAGAUUUCAAAGUAUUGGAUUUAUCGGAUAAUCCUCUUCUCUGUGAUUGCAAAGCCUUGAAAUUAAGAGAUGUUUUAAUAAAAAGAAAAGUUGUAAUUUCAAAGAAAACAAAAUGUUCAGAACCUUCAAGUAUUAAAGGGCAGUUAUUGAUAGAACCUGACAUUCAAAGAGUCUGUAUGUUUGAUGAGCUUUAUGAUGAAGAUGGUAUGCAAAUGGAUCAACCAUUACCUGAAAUAUCAGAAGGUUCUGGAGAAGGUUCAGGAGAUGCAUUUGAUGAGCUUGAAGCUGAUGAUAUUCCUGAUGAAAAUGAUAAUGAACAAUCAACUGAGUUUCCAAAAGUUGAUAGUACAACAGUUCCAAUUGAAAUUCCAUUGACUCCUGGAUCAACUUCAUCAGCUGAUGACGGAAUUUUCUUUUCUGAAGAGACUGAUAAGCACACAGUGACUUCUCCAAUUACUAAAUCAAUUGAAGCUACAACACCCAUAUCAGUGAGUGUUCUAGAGUCUUCUACAGAAAUUAAAAAAACAGAUGCACCUGUAUGGACUAAUGAAGGAUCUGGAGAUGAUGAUAUUGACGAUGCAUGGAUUGGAGAAGGAUCAGGAAUUGAAGGAUCUGGAGUUCAUAUUUCUCAUAUUUCCUGGGAUGAAGAUCCAAUACAAACUCGCAUUAAUCAAGAAAACAUCAAUGGAUCAACAACGUCAACAACUGAAUCCGAAGGAAUUAUUGAUACAUUUUUCUCCUUAUUUUGGGGAACAACAGCAGCUACACCAAGUUCUACAACUGAAGAUAUAGAUUUGGAAGAAGAACAAUUUAUCAAAGCAUCAACAGAAGAACCCGCAAGUAAGUCUUCUUUACCUGAUACUGAAAUAAUUGUGCCAGUAGUUGUUAGUACAGUUGAUAAGGAGAAAGAUACAGGAGAGCAAAAAUCGCUUCUUGAGAACUCUAAAAUUGGACAAGUUAAAGCAGAACCAGUUGAUGAUUCGACAGAGACGGCUGAUGCUUCCGCAGCUCAACAAUCAAAAAAAGGCAUGGGAUCGUAUGUAGUUCUAGCUGUUCUUUUAGGUGUCUUAGCAGUAUUGAUAGGAUUUGCUGCAUAUAAAGGUGAUUUUUGCAAAGAACGAAGAAAAAGAAAUAAUCGAAAUAUUGAAGCUUCUGAUAUGGAAAACGGAACCGAGAUGAAAGAUCUUAGGAAAACACUGCUAGAAAAUUCAAACUCAGUUCAACCAAAAAUCUCUUCAAAUGGAAAACCUGAAGAGGUACCUUUGGUCACUUCUUCUGCUCCUGUAGAUUCUAAGGAUAAUGAGCUAACUUCUAAAUAUGUUGGAGUAGUCAAUGAAUCAUCAGCUGAUCCAGUAAAACCACCAAGAAAAUCAUUUUCACCUAACGAAAUUGAAAAUGGGAGAAAAACCGGAACAAAUGGAAAAAUUUCUCCACAAUUAUCCACGUCUGAUAAUGUCCAAAACUCGAGAAUACCUGUGGCUAGAGAUGUUCUUGUUAAUGGAAAGAAUGACAGAGAUUCGUUAUCAUCAGUUGGUGAAACUCAUUCUUUAGGAUCCCACUCAACUCGUUUAUCUAACUCGAGACUGAGUCAAGGUCUUCCACCUGCAAGUCCUGGUGCUCAACGUGUUAAAAUAACUCUUCAGGAUAAUCCUGAUAGUGUACCGAAGACACCUCUACUUAUUACAAGAACGAAGGCAGGCGAAAACCUAGUCAAGACACCUUGAAGAGGAUUUUAUUGAAACGAAUGUGAUCAAAUAAAGACAUUUUCACAACUUCAGGGUCAUAUAUUUUUUUCGAAGAAUAUUAAUUGAUUAUUUUAAACCAAUGAAAAAUUCAAAUAAAAAUAAUGAAAAUGACAUGAUAAAAGCCUUGAAGAGAUUCUGACUGCGACGUGACUGGGGCUUAUGUUCCUCUUUCAAGCCUCGUUUUCGCGUGGUCGAAUGAUGAAUAGAAAAUAAAAAUAAAAGAAAUUUUAUUUAUUAAUUUCUUUUCAUUGUGUUGAAUAUGUUAAGUUUUGUUAUUUUUAGAGAAAAUUAUUUUUAAUUGAAUUAAAAGAUAUUUUACAAAUGUAGAGUUAAAAAGUUUUUCAAUGAAAAUAAUUUUAUGGAUUAUAGAAAAAUAAGUCAUUCUUAUUAUAAUUAUCAUCAUUAUUAUAAUUAUUAUAAAUACAGUUUUUAUUAUGUAAGGUUUGUUACUAUGACAAGGCAUUAUUUAUACUUUUUAUUGGUCUUUAAUCAAUAUAAUAAAAUGAAAACAAUUGAUUAAAAGUACGAAAAAAUUUUUUAAUUACGAACAAAUUCAUAUGUAUAAUAAUAAAGAGAACCCA